UUUCUCAGCUUUUGGUGCCUGGAUGCUCAGAGGAACACCAGAUCAUAUAUUUGAAAAAGUAAAUCCUGAAAUGGAAAAGCUGGGAUAUGAGUGCAAGUGCCUUGGAGGAGGGAAAAUUGAACAUAAUAGCAAAGACAAGAAAAUCAGGGUAUUUGGGCUCUCAACAGGCUAUGGAAAAGCAGAUCACUCAGUGACUGUAGAGAUACUGAAGAAAGAGUAUACAGAUUAUGAAAUUACUUGGUCAGAUGACAAGAAAUAAACUUGUGCACACAACGAGCAGUUCCAGCCUGGUAACUGUGAGCUGUUCUUUGAUCAAUAAAAUUGAAUGUGUGUUCUAUGUUUAUGUAACCAUAAAUCUGGAGUAACUGGACUCUGCCAUAGUUUAUAAUAUGGUUGGUAAUCCUCAGAUGUAUCUCAUUUUUUAGAUCAUUCCUUUGUGCAGAAUCUGAAGUUCUAACCCUUUUUCCUUUACUUUUGAUGUGCCCUUUAGUUAAAUACUCCCACACCAUCUUUACCUCUAAUUUGUUUUCACCCAGUCCCAUUUCACUGAUCUAUUGUAGGAUACCUAAGGAUUUGCCAUCAACUUCAAACACCACUGGACCAAACCUGUUCACUGGUCUUUUGACCAUCGUGUUUUCAAUUCAUUUUUCUAUUACUUUUUAGGCUUUUCAUCUUUUUUACCCACAUUUAAAAACAAAAAGAUUGGUGUGGAGUGUGGGGUUGACUGUUACAGUUCUUCACCAAUGAUCCAAAUCUUUGAUUUACCCAAUAAUUUGAAAACCUAGUAUUCUGCAGAACUAAUGAUCAAAACAUUUGACUUUCCUGUAAGAAUUUCCCCUAUAACAGACUGAUGGCAAUGUAAAAUUCAGCCAAUGAUUCUU